CCAGUGUCGCUUCGCUCCACGUCGCCCGGGCGAGCCUUGGUCUUGGCCAGGUCACGGUGGGCCGCGGUGGGCUGGAGGGCCAGAGGGCCAGAGGGAGAGCACGCCCCUCCCCCUUUCUCUCCUCCCCUCCGCGCUAGCGUGCCGGCGUGCCCGGGGCGGCCCUCCGAGGCCCUCCGAGCGGCGUUUGUUUUGGUCAGCGGCCGCGUCGCCAUGGCAACGGGUAAACAAUGUGGCGACAAUUAGGGCCGCCACGUGCCGCAGUGCCGCCGCCGCCCCUGACCCCGCCCGCCAUGGGGUCGCCCUCUCCCUCUGGCUCCCCCGGGGUACGGACACCGGGGCAAAAGAUCCGGACGCAGGGGCUGUCGUGGGCAGAGCGAGAGCACCGUGGGCAAGGGGCUUCCCUUUUCCCUGGGGGGGGCACGGCGAGGGCGGGGGCGGGAAGGGGCGAAGGAAGGACCAAUGAGAACUGGCCAUGUGUGGGGGUCCAGAAGGGGGGGUUUGGACCUGCCUGGCGCCGCGCUGGCACCACCACACCACACACCACGCCAUCACCUCCUCCACCACACCACGCCACUCACGCCCUCCCGCCCGCACGCCCACGCGCAGCCAGGCGGCUAGGCAGGGACCACCUUCAGCACGCCCGCAGCGCCCCGGCCACCCGGGCCAGGGAUGAAGCGGAUGUCGGAGAUGGAAGGAGAGACCCCGUUAAAACGACCCCGUCCAGGCGGGGACACAGAACUCCGCUUGUUGAUUCAGAGCAAGGCUGCCGGUUCUGUGAUCGGCAAGGGCGGACAGAACAUUUCGCGGCUGAGGAGUGAGGUGCGUAUGUAAAACGGACGGGGCGGGGGUGCGGACGUGCCCCUCGCCCCGCCCCCCUGCC